AAUGCACUCCCCUCUUCAGGAUUGGAUCAACUCCAGCAGAAGAUAAUAUGCCCAGGCCCAGUGACUUGCCUGACAGCCGCUCCCAAUGGUCUCUACAUCUUGGCAGGUAUUGCUGAAAGCAUCUACCUCUGGGAGGUAUCUAGUGGGAAUCUACUUGCUAUCCUGAAUCGACAUUAUCAGGACUUAACUUGCUUGGCCUUCACGGACGAUAGCAGCCAUUUUCUCUCUGGGGCCAAAGACUGUCUUGUAAUAGUGUGGAGUCUUUACAGUGUGCUACAGGUGGAAGAUGCCCAAAGCCCUGAGCCCCGCCACGUGUGGUCACGGCAUAGCCUUCCCAUCACAGAUCUCUGCUGUGGUGUUGGUGGCCCCAUGGCCAGAGCUGCCACAGCCUCUUUGGACCAAACAGCAAAGCUGUGGGAGAUCUCUUCUGGGAACCUUCUCCUCUCUGUCGUCUUCGAUGUGAGCAUCAUGUCAGUGAUCCUUGACCUCGCUGAAUACCACAUGUUCUGUGGUGGGAUGGAUGGCUCCAUCUUCCAGGUUGACCUCUGUUCCUGGCCUGUGCAAAGAGAAAGAGGCUUUCAGUCCGAGCAGGAGAAUGGGAAGAUCUUCAAAGGACAUAGGAAUCAGGUGACAUGUCUCUCAGUUUCCACUGACGGAAGCCUGUUGUUGUCUGGCUCACAUGAUGAAACAGUUCGGCUCUGGGACAUUCAGAGCAAACAGUGUCUCCGCACAGUGAACUACAAAGGUCCAAUCACAAAUGCUUUUAUAACCCUGGCACCUGCCAACAUGCUGAAUCCGGACAGCAAGCCUCGUGUCCCGCUGCCAAAAUUCAGCCGGCAUCUCCAUAGCACAGAGAGCACGGAAAGCUCUGCCAGCGAGGGGCUGACCCUGUGUCUGGGGCUGCAUCAGAAGGGCUCCGGAGAGAGUUACUUGGAGAAAGCAGAGCGCUUAUAUUUGCAGAUGUGCUCAACAAGAGAAAAGAACUUGAUGGGGGACCAGGAGCAACUGAAAAUCCAGGUGACGGAACUGGAGGAGGAAGUCAGCACCCUGCGGAAGAUCAACAAGAGCCUCUUUGACUUCUCCAGCUGUAUCAUCACCACAGCCAAAUAGAACAGCUUCUGAAGCCUAGCUAGAAGUAGAGGGAGAGGCAAGCCAGCCAGGACUCAUCUUGGAUAUGCACAGCCAUUUCCUCCAUGACAGUGUGCAGUGGCAACAUAUACAAUUGCAGAGAUACCCACUCAUAAACAUGUCUAAUUGCAGGGCUGGACAUGGAAGUCUCUAGCAUGUACAGUUGUCCUGGGAGGAGCCCUGCAAAAAAACAGCUUUAUGGGUAGCAGCGGACAGUAUGGAAGGAGAAUAAUCCAGCAGGGAAAAGAGGUGGCCCUUUCUGCUUUUACAGUACAGCUUCCUUCCACCCUACAAAGUCCUUUUGUUCCUCAAACAGAGCAGCUGUAGAUGCUCCUCAAGAUGCCAUCAUCCCCUUUCCUCCAGUUGGAAAUCCAGUUGCUGCUUCAGAACUCCUUUUGUGCUUGGGAACUUCUGGGGAUUGAAGGCAACUAUGGGCUUUAAUGAAGCUGAAUGCGUCCCAUACAAUAAGGGGGGCUGCCCUUGUUGUAAUUGGCCAGGGAGAGGGACAAUAAACUAGCAUGAAACAACCCAUGCAGCUGGGCUGGGCAAAGAGGCUCCCUAUCCUCAAGAUCCUGCUGAAGGAAAAUGGAGAGAUGGGGAAGAUCAUAUUUCCUCAUGUUUUCCUCAUUGGAAAAGGGUGGAAAAACACUCCCUCCAAUGGUAAGCUGGCGUGAUAAGCAAAACCUUUUGUUGGGUCUUUUUUACUGACAUGCUACUCUUCAUGCAGAAGAGUUGUGGAGUUUUUAUUUGUCUGAAGCGCUGGUCCAUCAUUCUACCAACCUAUGCACAAUAUAUCACAACAGGUCUUUAGCCAACAGGAUGUCUAGUUAGGAUCCUUUCCGGUCAGCUGCUUUGGUUCCUGUACAGUUGCAGAUUCCAGCACCAGCCUCAGGACGCAUUUGCCGUGUAGCAAAUUUACUUUCACCAUGUUAUCUUCCUUCGUUUUACUUUCUUUAGAGAAAAACCUCUGGUUCUGUCUUCAGCCAGAUUGUUCUUUCCUUUGUUGUAUUACACAUUUUUAAAAAACCAACAACAACAACAACUGUUAACACAAUUAAAUGUUUGAUGUUGUUUUCCUUUUUCUUCUCUUUAAUUAUAUUGUCAGUCUCCUAGCAAAUGCUGCUACCGCUGAGCCCUGUUUAGAAGCUUUCUCGAGCAUCUGCUGAACACCACUGGGAACAGGAUGCUGGACUUAGGUGGAAUGACAAUUAAGUGAAAUGUUCACCUUUAGGAACAGUCCAUCUCGGAAUACCAAUUGCCAGGUCACAAAUAAAAGGAGAGGUGUGUAGCUUUUCAGUCCUGUUUACAGACUUCUUAGAAGUACGGAGUGGGUAAUUCCAGAUGGUGAUAAUUUAUCCGGUGAGCUGAUUUUUGUGAUCUUAUUAAUAGUGCUUAAAAUGAUAACAAACAAUGUAGCCUACAUGUU